UACUACAGUCAUGGAAUUGAUGAUCUCCGCCAUCUAUGGAGCCAUAGCCUUCACUUUCCUUCUCUGCAGCUACCUUCUCCGGUCAAGCUCCGUCACUCCAAAGAAAUCCCCACCCGCUGCAGGCGGCGCACGGCCCUUCAUAGGCCACCUCCACCUCAUGGGCGGCGCCGGGGGCUCGCUCCCCCACUUCAACCUAUCGGCCCUCGCAGACAAAUACGGGCCCAUCUUCACCAUCCGCCUCGGCAUCCGGCGAGCCGUGAUAGUGAGCAGCGCCCAGCUCGCCAAGGAACUGUACACUGCGUGUGACGUGGCGAUCUCGUCGCGCCCGAACCUAAAGUCGGCCAUCUACUUGAGCUACGACUUCGCCAUGUUCGGCUUCACUCCAUACGGCGCAUACUGGCGCGAGAUACGCAAGCUGACGGCUAUGGAGCUUCUCUCGAGCCGCAGAAUCGAGCUGCUCAAGGAAGUACGCGGCUCCGAAAUCGACAAAUCCAUCAACGAGCUAUACAAGCAAACCACCAUGGCCGCUGAGAAGAGAGUGGUGGUGGAGAUGAAGGAGUGGUUCGGGAACUUGAACUUGAACGUGGUCCUCAUGAUGGUCGCCGGGAAGAGGUACUCCGGCGGCGGAGAUGACGCGGAGGAGACGCGGCGGUGGAGGGCGGUGAUGCGGGAUUUCUUCCAUUUCAUUACGAUGGUUGUGCCCGCCGAUGCCAUGCCUUAUCUCGGGUGGCUGGAUUUAGGCGGGCAUGAGAAGAAAAUGAAGGAGACUGCUAAAGAAUUGGAUAGAACAAUCGGAGGGUGGCUGGCGGAGCACCGGGAGAAGAAAAACUCCGGCGACGACGAAAGUAAGCCGCAGGACUUCAUGGAUGUGAUGUUGUCGGUUGUGAAAAGUGCAAACUUUCAAGGUGAAUACGAUGCCGAUACCAUCAUUAAAGCUACUUGUGGGACUAUGAUCAUCGGUGGGAGCGACCCAACUACAGUGAUGUUAGUAUGGGCACUCAGCCUCCUACUGAACAAUCGUCGUACCCUGAAAAAAGUUCAAGAAGAAUUGGACGAGCAAGUGGGGAGAGAAAGGCGAGUAAAAGAAUCCGACAUCAACAAUUUGGUUUAUCUCCAAGCCGUAGCUAAAGAAACUUUACGAUUAUACCCCGCGAGCCCCUUAGGCGGGGUCCGCGAGUUUGGCGAAGACACUAGUGUUGGAGGCUAUCAUGUCCCGAAAGGCACGUGGCUCAUGAUAAACUUGUGGAAGAUGCAGCGCGAUCCUCGCGUGUGGGGGGACGAUGCGGUGGAGUUCAGGCCCGAGAGGUUUUUGGAAACGCACAAGAUUUGGGAUAUGAGGGGCAAAGAUUUCGAGUUUAUCCCGUUUGGUGCUGGUCGGAGGAUUUGCCCCGGGACGAACUUCGGCCUGCAUAUGUUGCAUUUGGUGUUGGCUAACUUCUUGCAGGCGUUCGAUGUUACGACAGUGUCGGAUCAAGCGGUUGAUAUGACUGAAAGUGCUGGAUUGACAAACCUCAAAGCCACACCACUUGAUGUUGUUGUUGCCCCGAGGCUUCCUUCUUAUUUAUACUAGCUAGGCACAUCGAGUAUUAUGUUUGUUGCUCAUCCACACACAAAUUUACGGAUUAAAUAUCAAGGUAGCACACAAACAUAAAUUAAAAUAGUACAUAAUAACUUAAAAAUAUAUAAUGUAAUUGAUGAUGCUAAUUACUUAGAUCAUCUGGAGUAGGGUAGAAAACGAGCUAGGAGAUCAAAGCGGAUCAGUAGCUUAGCAAUUUGAUGAUCAUGAGGUCCCUGCGAAAUGAGCACACGUGAACUAAGCCAGGGGUUGAUCCGGCGGAAACCCCUUCGAUGCUCAAGUCAGAUAUACGGAUUGUGGAGAUGGUAGAGAGAAUAAAACUCUAGAUUGCUUGUGAAUAAUAGAACGUACA